AUGAUUCCUCGUAGUAUUAUGGACGAAGCAUCUAAAAAUAAAGCUGACCUUCAUCAGCCAAAAGCAAAUAAUAAACCACAGGGACAGCAAGUUGCUGCUCUUUUGAGAGAUAAACAUGAUUACGAUUAUGAUAUUUUUGGAAGCACACGACAAGAUAUCAGUCGUUCUAACAGUGCUCCACCAACUCAAGUGGUAGAUCAGCUUGGUCGGUUUGAUCCUUCUGAACUAGAUAAUCCUUCACCUUCCGAUCCACGCUUAGAUCCUGACUACCCGGCAUAUUAUUACAUGAAUUCUCGUCUUGAUCCUAGACUUCCACCUCCUUUAUAUACUCCUGGUCAAUCUUGGCAAUUAUGGGCUGGUGGCGGCGGUUUGGGUGGUUUAAAUCAUAAAUCAAAUGGUGCUCAACUUCCUAAAACAAAAGUUUUAGAAAAAUUCCGUGGGAUGGAUGCGGAUGAUGAUUUUCUACGUGAACAUCCUUUAGAUCAAAGUCUAGAACCAGAGUCCCAUUCGACAAUUGGUCAGCAAGAUUACUCUAAUGACCCUAAUGCACAUAGUGGUCAAUAUGAACAAUUUGGUAAUCAAGGUGUUGCCAGCACUGCAUCACUUUGGAGGUCUGAAUUAUCAUCCCCACCACCUCAAGGUAUGAAUAACGAUUUGCACUCCCCGAACAAGAGAAAAAAUCUCGUAAAGAUGAUUCAAGAGGAUUUUCCAAGAACUCCUUCUCCUCUCUAUUCGCACACUCGUCAACGACAAGCUACUCUAGCAGAAGCAAACUCUACUGAAUUGGGUAAUGACGAGUUUGACGUUGACUUUCGCUCUCUUAAUCUCGAAGACCCUCCUCUCAACCAUCCGAGCCAUUAUCAAAGUAGUUUGCGUGUCGCUUCUGGUGAAGAUAACCACGUCAAGUCUAUGAUGUCUGGCGUAGAAGACCUUGAUCAUCGAAUAGGUUUUGGUAGAGGUGCUUCACCACCUCCACUCCGUACAAAGUUCUCUCCUCCUCCUCGUGCUUCAUCGACUCCUCCAACUCAAAAUCAUUUUCGUAAUCAUAGCCUUAAUUUCUCUCAGGAAUUUCAUGGCGAUAUCUCUCAUUCUGAUCUCUUGUAUAAUAUUAAAAACCUUGAAGGAACUGAUGAUUAUGAUACCCUUCAACAAGUGCAAAUCAUGCGACAGCAACAAGCAAUCAAGCAGCAGCAACAACGUUUAAAGAUGCAAUCGCAGUACAACUCUUUAUUUAAUGAUAAUUCUUCGUCCGGUGGUUAUUCUUCUCAAUACGGACUUGAUCCUUAUUCGUCCGUAUGGGAUCCUCGCGAAGACACUAUGUUAAACCGAAAUAUCCUUUCCUCUGACAUGACAUAUUCACGUAAUGGUUCUUUAAGUCUAAGUUCUGGUCGAAAUUCUAUUGAUUAUCAAAAAGCGCUUCAGCAACAGCAGCUUGGAUUAGGCGGUUCCGGUAAUAUGGGCGUUGGUCGUGACCAGUUAUUAUCAUCUGAAUAUAGUUCUGGAAAAAGUAGUCCAUAUUAUGGUUCUAGUAUGAGUGCUUCUGGUCUUAGUUCGGUGAGUGGUUUAGGAGGUACAUCUCUUAAUGCCCAAACUCAACAAUUAUUAAGGCAUCAUCAUUCUGCCGAAUACUUGAAUGGUAUUGGUGGUUAUGGCGGUAUUUCUAGUGGUCGUCGUAGUAAUGAUUUAAGUUCAAGUAUUUCUGACCCUGGUCACGGUAUGCGAAGCGCUUUAUUAGAAGAAUUUAGAAAUAAUAAGAAUAAGAAGUAUGAACUUAGAGAUAUUGUCGGUAAUAUAGUAGAAUUUAGCGGUGAUCAGCACGGUUCAAGAUUCAUUCAACAAAAACUUGAAACUGCUAAUAGUGAAGAGAAACAAUUAGUUUUUGAUGAAAUUCUACCUAAUGCUCUUCAAUUGAUGACUGAUGUGUUUGGAAAUUAUGUUAUUCAAAAGUUCUUUGAGCAUGGUAACCAAAUGCAAAAGACUAUAUUGGCAAAACAGAUGGAAGGUCAUGUCUUGUCUUUAGCUUUACAGAUGUACGGAUGUCGUGUUGUUCAAAAGCAACAAGCUACUUUAGUAAAAGAGUUGGACGGUAAUGUGCUUAAAUGUGUCAAGGAUCAAAACGGAAAUCACGUCAUCCAAAAAGCUAUUGAACGUGUUCCUGCAGAACACAUUCAGUUCAUCAUAAAUGCUUUCCAUGGACAGGUCUAUAAUCUUGCGACACAUCCAUACGGUUGUCGAGUAAUUCAGCGCAUGUUUGAACAUUGCACUGAUGAACAAACGAAGCCUCUACUGGAGGAACUUCAUCGAUAUACACAAAAUUUGGUACAAGAUCAAUAUGGAAAUUAUGUUAUACAACACGUUCUGGAACGUGGAAAAGCUGCCGAUAAAUCAAUGGUAGUUGCUAAAGUUCGUGGUAAUGUUUUGCAAAUGUCAAAACAUAAAUUUGCUAGCAACGUAGUUGAAAAGUGUGUUGCAUACGGUAGCAAACGUGAUCGUCAAUUAUUGAUCGAUGAAGUUAUCCAGACAAAGUCUGAUGGUACUUCACCUUUGAUUUCGAUGAUGAAGGAUCAAUAUGCUAAUUAUGUAGUCCAAAAGAUGCUCGAUGUAGUUGAUGGUGAUCAACGAGACCUCCUCGUUGCGAAAAUUAAACCUCAAUUGCAGUCAUUAAAGAAAUAUACGUAUGGAAAGCAUCUCAUUUCAAAAGUUGAAAAACUUAUGAUCCUUACAGAAAAUCAAAAGAACCAAAACGGUGGUAUCAUUAAUGAUGGUAUUUCGACCGAUGUCAUGACACCCCCUAGUUCACAUACUCCUCUCGACACGUCUAAUAAUUCUCCUGUCAUGUCUUCGCCGGCAAUUGGAUCUGAUAAUAAUACAAAUUUACAUAUUGGAGCUAAUAAAGAAGAAAAUGAAAUGUUGAUGCAAAUAACAUCAUGCUUUGGAAAGUUGAAG